AUGUGGAACCAAGGCGGGGCGCACCCGCAGCAGUACAUGCAGCAGCAGCAGCAGCAGCAGCAGCAAAUGCAGCAAUAUAUGCAGCACCAUAUGGGUGGAUACCCUCCUGCAGGGUAUGAUCCUGCACAGCAGCAGCAAAUGCAUCAGAUGAUGCUGCAGCAGCAGCAUUACAUGCAGCAGCAGCAGCAUAUGCAGCAGCAGCAACAUAUGCAGCAGCAGCAGUAUAUGCAGCAGCAGCAGCAGCAGCAGCAUACACCAGCAGCAUAUCCAUAUCCACAGCAGCAAAUGUAUGCACAGGGUUAUGGUUUCUCUCCUCCUGCUGGUUCUUCUUACGGUUCUCCUGCUGCAUCUGCUGCUGCUGCAUCAGCAGCAGCAGCACCUGGCAGUGCAGGAGCAGCAGCAGCAGCAGCAGCAGCAAGUCCUUAUGGACAAACAGCACAAAUGUCUCCCUAUGGCUCAGCAUUCAGCGGCAGACAAAGUGUACAACCACCUGCAGACCCUGAGCUAGCUAAAAGAAUACGAACUAUGGCAGGCAAGGAGUACUGCGGAAGAAACCCUGAGAUGGAGCGACUAGUGCGGCAAAGGGAUGGCGCAGACCCUCGCUUUUCUUUCUUGAUGGGGGGAGAGGGUUGUGAAUAUUAUAGGUACCUCGUGAGCUGCAUAGAGAAAGGAAUAUCUCCUGAUCAAGACGGAGGUCGUCCUCCUCCUCCUCCUCCUCCCCCUCAGCAGCAGCAGCAGCAGCAGCAGCAACAGCAGCAGCAGGCAGCAGCUGCUGCUGCACUGCAGCAGCAGCAAGCAUUACAGCAGCAGCAGGCAUUACAGCAGCAGCAAGUUCUACAGCAGCAGCAACAGGCACUGCAGCAGCAACAGGCACUGCAGCAACAGCAGCAACUGCAGCAGCAGCAGCAGCAGCAGGAACCUAACUGGUCUUAUGAUAUAGAAUCUUUGCUGCUGCUGUAUAGACAGAAGCCGCAGCAGCAGCAGCAGCACGAAGGACAAUUAGGGUUAAAUAAAGAAAAAGAACUAAUUGAUGUAUUAAAAACCCUAGAGGAAGAAGCAACAGCAGAUCGUAUAAGAGCAGCAAGAAAAUGGGUUGAACGUGUAUUAUCUUUAUGGGUAGAAAGAGGAGUUCUUAAUAAUGACGAAAGAAGAGAGAUUUGCUUCCUUUGCCGUAUACCCCAGCAGCAACUGCAGCAAGCCCUAAACCCUAAUCGGGCUGAUCCUGAGCGACGAUCGGGAGGGUUUGGCGAUUUUGAUGAUAUAGGAGGGACUCCAGAGCCUUCACGAGGGUUUGAUAGAAGACCUGAAGAAUUAGGGUUUACGCCAGAGACGGUUUCUGUAGGGGUUAUGGCUACUAUGCUUCGUAGUAUAAUUAAAAGGACACGGCAUAUGCAUGCGGCCUUCGUUCCUUAUCGACCCCUCGACCCCCUGGCGACACCACAAACUAUGCCACCUGUUGAGCCUCCUUCUGAGUAUUUAUUAGAUCGUCUUCAAGACUUUUAUGAAGAUUUAGAUCACAUAGAAGAAAACUUUAGACGCAAGAUGGCGAAGGCAGGAAGACGUCGGUCUGUGUCUCCAUCUAUGAGCGGCAGCAUCAGCAGCGACAGCGCACAUUCAAGAAGUAGAUCUAGUAGUGCUAGUCUUGAGAGGAAGCUAGAAGCAAGAGAGAAGGACCGCCGUCAACAGUCUCCUGAUAGACCGCAGCAGAAAGGAGACAGGCCGCGCAUCAGCAACAAUUGGAUUGCUGCAGAGAUGGGUCUACAAGAUGAUGGUAGCUUUGCUGGUCCUCGUACAAAUAUGCGGUUAGGGUUAGGGGCAACAGCAGAAACACGUAAACCCCCGCCUGUUGAUUUGUCAGACCCUUUUGAGAGAUUUAGGCAUCAAAGGGCAGGAAGAUAUCAUGAAGUUAUGGCUGCACAUAAAGCAGAGAGAAGGGAGAUGGGAAGACAAGACAGGAAUUGCUAUCUUUGUGGGAAGGUUGGGCAUCUGGCUCGGGACUGCAGCAGCAAGCAACGGCCGUAA